CUUUAUCUCUUGCUCUCUCUCUUCACAGCUUCAGAUUUAUCCUAAAACUUUAUCUCUUUCUCUCUCUUUUCAAUCUAGCCUAGAUGCGCUCUAUCUUACAUCUUCUUCAUCUUUUCCACCAAAACCCUAACCCUGAUUCAUUGUAAUUUUUUUUCCACAAAACCCUAGUCGUUGUCCCACAAAUUGAACCGAUUCUUCCACAACUAUGAUUCGAUCUCUUGCAUUGCAUUUGUUUCUUCGAUCUGUAACAUUUUAUUCUUUCAUCAAUUUCUUCGAUCUGUUCAAGUCAACCAUUCUUCUAUUUCGUUUAUAACCAAAGAGGAAAUCAAACCUCCUUUCAUUUCAUCAUCAGUAGUAUAUUGAAGAAGAGUACAAAAGGAAUCACUGAUGAAGAUGUUUUGGUUUGAAGCAGUUCUUCCACUAGGAAUUAUCAAUGUUGGGUAAUUCUCAUUUUCACAUCUACAAAUGGCAAGGUCAGAAACACGAAAUAAAACCCCCUAAUUUUCUUAAAUUUUCUAAGAUGAGCAGGACUAGGUCAUAUUAUUUUUGCUUAAUACCUGAUUCAUUGACAAUAUUUGCAAAAUUUGAUGGAUUUUGUGAUUUCGUGGUUGGCAUAUUCAAAUUUUUUUUUCACUCUUGUUCUCAUAUCUUGUUCUUCUGUACAUAGUCAUCAUCAUCCCCAGAGAUCAGUCGGUGGAGCUAUUUACAGUGGUUAUAAAGAUGAAAUCCCUGUAUUAUCCUAAGUGUGUUGUUAUUUAGAUGCCAAUAUUAUUCUUACUUCAGGAUUUGAUGGUCUCAGCCUUCUAAGCAUUACGUUUUCUUGAUAAUGUUUUACAAGGGGAUGGGAAGCAAAAUGCUUCUGUGGUAGCAAAUCAAGAGCAGCACCAACCAUCUCUUGUGACAAUCCAUGUGCAAUCUCAUACACCCUGUUUUGCAUCUUGUCCUGUACCAGUUCUAUAUGGAUAGCAUGUUAGAAUUUUCCAUUUGGUAGUGGUUUAAAGAUGAAAUUUUCUAUUGUUAAUGAAUCAUCAUAUCUCUGUCAGGUGAGGGAAAGUACAAAAGUUAUAUUUUUCCGCUUGCAAUAUCGAUUGUUUUAUCUGGGAAGUAUGAAGAUAAUCUGGAUAACAGAGAUGUUGUAUUUUUAUAUUGGUCAGGGUGGCAAUUAUGUUAAGGUUAGAUGUCGAAAAAUCAAUGAUCAAGUGAUGUCGCCUGGAAACUUUGCGCUAAAGAUUCCCAUAUGCAGAACAAUUAUAACCAAGAUGUCUCUGCGAGACUCAUUCGUGGGCAUAUAUCAUAAGAUGGGAAACCUGGUAAAAGUUACACCUAUCACAGGUUGUACAAGGUCGAUAAAUGUAGAAGUUGAUCACUCACUAUAUUGCAACUUAGUAAUCCUUCAUUUGUGUCUCUUUUUUAUUUUACUUUAUUUGCAGGUGAUUAAGUACUGGGCAGACAGAGGCGCUUCCAAAUUUACUAUUUUUAAGUUUUGCCUUAAACAACUCCAAGGCCAGCCUCCAUUGACAACUAAACAGGUCCAGUAUUGUAAAGCACAUGUUCCUAACAGGAUUGCAGAAUUACAUGGGUUGGUGUGUCAAGUGGAGGACAAGAAGCCACUCUCAUUCCAGCCACCAAUUUAAUUGAUCCUCCUCUUGCACCCAAGGCAAGUUCAAAAUUUUGCAAUCAUAUUUCUUCAUCAUAUACAUUAUCAAGUAAAGUUCUCUUUUUGUAUAAAAAGAUAAUCAAAGUUUAGACAAAGUUGAUGAGUUGUUGGAAAUGCACGAAGGAUUCAAAUACUAAUGUGAAGCUCCCUAUAAUUAAGAGCCUCUGGAUGCAGAUGUGAAGGGACUUGCAGUAAUCCAAGAAUUUAGGAUUGUGCAAAAUAAAAUGGAGUUGAUUUUCCAUAUGUUAGCAGAGAACGGGGCAGGCAUGCACCGUCUGUAAUUUGGCGAUUGAAUGUGCCAUAUAAACCAUCAUCAUAUUAUAUGCAUUUUUUUGUGCUGCUUAGUUUCAUCUUAUGUUUAUUUAUUCUCUAAAAGUUAAUUGUAUAUGAAUGUGGUCCGCUGUGUGGUUGCUAUGAUGGUUGUGCAAACAAAUCAUCAGAGCGUGGGAUCAAGUACCGAUUAGAGGUUGCAUAUCUGUUUAUUUUGCUGAUAACAUUUGUAUCAACAAGAACCCAACUCUAAUGUAUGG